AUGGGUGCGUUGAGCAGUAAAAUAAUGCACAAUCCUUACACUUCUUUGAAACAAGUCUACUUGUGCGUCUUGGUCCUCGUGGUGGAAGGAGUAGCGUUGACAUGUGAAUCCGUACUUCCUCUGUUCAAUGCAGAUCAGGUAUCAAUAAAGUGUGUCAGCUGCUCCCUCUUCCUCCUUCCCUUCCUCUUCGUCGCUCACCUCUCCUCCACUUUCUUCACCUACUUCAUCUCCCAUGUCCUCGCUUGGAGACGUGGUUACAAGCUGAGAAUAUCCAUCGUUGAGGCAUCAUUUCGUGAUAUAGAGUAG